CUGAACAGAUAAUCGAAAUUUGGCAGUCGAAAAAUAGGCAAAUAACUAUUUUAGGUAGAAAUCAAAAUUUCAGUAAAAGAACAAAAUAGAAAAUAAUCAAAAACAUGGAUUCAGUCAAAAUUCAAGAAAACGGUAUGAAGGGAGAAGCUCCGGAAGAUUUUUCCCCGUCACAAUCAGAAUCGAUGCUGAAUGAUGCUUUUCACAUUCCUUCAAAUGCCGGAGAAAUGCCAAUAGACCUCGAAGAAGGAGUCCAGUUCUAUCCAGCUCUUAAAGCCACAUCAUCAUCAUCAAGCAUGGCAACAUCUGUGGACCCCAGAGAAAUACGAUCAACGGUAUCUCUCCGCUUGGAAACGCUGGCGAGGCCAAAGGCCUAUUGCUUAGAAAACACGCUCCAACAAUUCGGUUAUAUGCUCGGAGAAAGAUCAGUGCAAAAUUUAAAUGAGCAGAUUCAGGCACAAAACUCCUUGCACAAAAUUACAUCAAGAGUGCAUUUGAAGCAAUGCAUCCAAGAUCCGGUCCAAUCACCUCCCAAAUCUCGUCGACCUCGUUUGGACAAGGAAAGGGCUGCUAAUGUGGAGCAAAAGCUUGCAACCAAUAACAAACGCGAAGCGUUUGACCGUUUAGCCGAAACGUUUUUCAGAAAACUCCCGAGUUUGGUGCUUGAUGCCAACAUCGAAGAUUUAUCCCAGCUAAGUACAGAAAGAAAACGACUUAUAAAUACGCUAUAUGCAACAAUUGUUAAAUAUGCGGGUGUACCGCUCGCUGUUCACGACCAUGAACUCUACUUACAUAUGUGCGUAGGGCUGGCGCAAUUUGUCGAGAGCGUUAUUGCUGGUGUUCGCAAUGAAAAGGAUGUUGCUCAGAAUAAAUCCAACACGACUCUCGAUAGACGGGACAGUAUGACAACGAAAAUUCUGCGAGAACGCUCCGGGAAUAACGCGGCUGUUCAACUGUCAAGAGAAAUUUUGAAAACGAAAUUAUAUAAAUAAUGAUGAGAAUAUAACCAUCUAAAAUAACGUAAUUCAACUUUAACAUCCAUAACAUAAUAUGUAACUUUUGCGGGGAUCACCGUUCAUUGCCACCUAGUGGAAAUCUAAUGAGUUGCUGAAAAAGCUU